AUGGCGGAAAGUGGGAGCAGCAGCGACCACGCUGAAUCCAACCGCUGUUUCCAGGACUGGAUGAAGCUCCAAGAGGAGGGCCAGAGGGAGCUUUUCGAAGCCCUCGACGGCGUCCAAAGCAGAGUAAAUUCCGACCCACAAGAAACCGAACGCCAACUCAUCAACCUCAUCGACAAGAACAUCGAGCGGUUCCAAGAUUACAUUGAUCGACGAACCCAGCUAGCCAAAAAAGACGUGUCCGCAUACUUCGCCCCUGUCUGGUGCACCGCUAGAGAAACCUCUCUCCUAUGGAUCGCGGGAUGUCGCCCCUCCCUCUUCAUCCGCCUGGCCUACUCCCUCACAAGCCUCGAUCUCGAAACGCGACUCCUCCAGUUCCGGCAGCGGAUGAAAUCGGUAGAUGAAUUGGGAGAUCUGUCGCCCCAGCAAAUGGAGCAGCUAGAGAAUCUGCAGAAGAGAACCAUCAAGGAAGAGGAGAGGCUGACGUCGGAGCUUGCGAGACUCCAGGAGGAGAUAGCCGACCAGACGGUGGUGGGGAUAGCGAUGAGAUCAGUGAGAGAGCAGGAGGUAAGCGAGGAGCUGGAGAGAGCUCUGGAAAAACAGGACGGGGAGAUGCUCAGAAUCUUGGAGGAAGCGGACGAACUCAGGAUUCGUACGCUGAUUGAGCUGACCGAGAUUCUGAGACCGUUGCAGACGGUGACACUCUUAGCCUUCAGCAAGAAACUUCAUCUAUGUGUGCGGGAGUGGGGAAAAGGAAGCGAUCGAAGGCACGGUAGAAUGGGUAUCUGCCCACAUCAAACCACUGCUUAG